AUGUAAAAUAAGUUUUUAAAUCACAUAACACACUUAUAGACUGAAAAUUCUAAACCAUCAGAAUCUCAUUGGUUAUUGAUAACAGGAAUUAUAGUUGGUAGUUUGGUAGGGAUAAUUGGCUUAGUUUAUGGUUAUUUAAAAUAUAGAUAAUACAGAGUGUAUUAGGAAUAUUCACAAAGGCCUGAAAUUGGAAUUCCAAGAGAGGAAAUUGGAUUUGUUUAAAGAAAUAAAUUCAGAUUUUGGAAAUUAUAUGAGAAUAAGGAUGAACCCAAUACUCUAGUGAAGUAACAGCAAAAAGAAAGUAUUUAAGAAGCUGCGAACUUCAGAUUAUUACGGGUAGUACAUCGAGUUGAAGUUCUUGUGUAAGCCUGGUGACAUAUUCACGAUGCGAGGAGAGAAACCAGUUGCAAAAGAUGCCACAUCGUACUUUGAAAUUGAGAUAGAAGACAAUCCAAAACAAUGUGACAUUACAAUCGGAUUUUGUUCAUCUAAGGAAUUUCAAAAGGAGUUGUCUCUAGGACGAUCCUAGACAAGCGUAGGAUUCCAUUCAAAAACUGGUUAAGUUUAUUGGAGGAAUGCUUUACAUCAAGAUCAUAAGUUUUAAGCAGUUUAUGGGGAGACAGUUGGAAUUGGUAUAAGAUAGAAGGAUGGAAGAGUAUGGUUGAGUUACAAUGGGAGGUUCUUGAAUCCUCCACCUCUAAGUGAAGGAAAGAACCAAGAAGACUUAGAAAAGGAGAAAAAGAAGGAAGAAGGAGAGAGUGAAAUUGAUAUUGGUGAAUAUUUAAAAUAAAUAUUUUUAUAGACUUGAAUAAUAGGAAUAAAGAGAUUGAGGAAAAGAGGAAAGCGUUGGUUUUGAGUAUGGGAGAGCAUUAAGAGUUAUAUCCUGCAAUUAGUGUCAAUGGACCUUGUAAAAUUAAUUUAAAUGUUGGAAGUAUGUAGUUUAGGAUGAAUUAAAAGGAAUUGAGACAUGGAUUAUUGCAUUGA